GCAUGCCCAAAGAAAAAUACGAGCCCCCUGACCCUAGGAGGAUGUACACAAUUAUGUCCUCUGAGGAAGCAGCAAAUGGAAAGAAAUCACAUUGGGCAGAGCUUGAAAUAAGUGGAAAAGUAAGAAGCUUAAGCUCAUCGUUGUGGUCACUAACUCACUUGACAGCUUUGCAUCUGAGUGACAAUUCCCUGUCCCGCAUUCCUUCAGACAUUGCCAAGCUUCACAAUCUGGUGUAUCUGGACCUGUCCUCUAAUAAAAUCCGGAGUUUACCGGCAGAACUCGGAAACAUGGUAUCACUCAGGGAACUCCAUUUAAAUAACAACCUGUUACGAGUUCUACCUUUUGAGCUGGGAAAACUGUUUCAGUUGCAGACUUUAGGCCUGAAAGGAAAUCCACUUACCCAGGAUAUAUUGAACCUCUAUCUGGAACCAGAUGGAACAAGAAGGCUACUGAACUAUUUGCUUGAUAAUUUGGCAGGUACUGCAAAAAGAAUUUCAACAGAACAGCCACCUCCAAGAUCUUGGAUUAUGUUGCAAGAACCAGACAGAACAAGGCCAACUGCCUUGUUUUCUGUCAUGUGCUAUAAUGUUCUUUGUGAUAAAUAUGCGACCCGGCAGUUAUACGGCUACUGUCCAUCUUGGGCACUAAAUUGGGACUACAGGAAAAAGGCUAUUAUUCAAGAAAUUUUGAGCUGCAAUGCUGAUAUCAUAAGUCUUCAGGAGGUUGAAACAGAACAGUAUUACAGUUUUUUUCUGGUAGAACUGAAAGAACGUGGCUAUAAUGGAUUCUUUAGUCCUAAAUCUAGAGCUAGGACAAUGUCAGAACAAGAAAGAAAACAUGUCGAUGGCUGUGCAAUAUUCUUCAAGACAGAAAAAUUUACUUUGGUUCAGAAACACACUGUUGAAUUUAAUCAGCUAGCAAUGGCAAAUUCGGAAGGGUCUGAAGCUAUGCUGAACAGAGUCAUGACAAAAGAUAACAUUGGAGUUGCAGUACUGCUAGAACUUCGAAAGGAAUUGAUGGAAAUGUCAUCUGGAAAGCCACAUCUUGGAGCAGAAAAACAACUUAUUCUUGUGGCUAAUGCUCAUAUGCAUUGGGACCCUGAAUACUCUGAUGUGAAGUUGGUUCAAACUAUGAUGUUCCUCUCAGAAGUGAAGAACAUUAUUGAUAAAGCCUCACGAAACCUCCAGUCCAGUGUAUUGGGAGAAUUUGGAACUAUUCCACUGGUGUUAUGUGCAGAUCUUAAUUCUUUGCCAGAUUCUGGUGUUGUAGAAUAUUUAAGCACCGGCGGAGUAGAAACAAAUCAUAAAGACUUUAAGGAACUGAGAUACAAUGAAAGUCUUACAAACUUCAGCUGUAAUGGGAAAAAUGGGACAACCAAUGGAAGGAUCACACAUGGUUUCAAGUUGAAGAGUGCCUAUGAGAGUGGCCUGAUGCCUUAUACAAAUUACACGUUCGAUUUCAAGGGUAUAAUUGACUACAUCUUCUAUUCGAAACCUCAGCUGAACACUUUAGGCAUCCUGGGACCUCUGGACCACCAUUGGCUCGUUGAGAAUAAUAUCAGCGGCUGCCCACACCCACUCAUCCCCUCCGACCACUUCUCACUUUUUGCACAACUGGAGCUCUUACUGCCUUUCCUGCCCCAAGUGAACGGCAUUCACCUUCCUGGCAGGAGGUAGUCCAGAACCUUCAGAGGAUGACCUCAGUUUCACUUGUAAACUCAUAAAAUCUGAAUAUAGGGGAGUGAGGUAUGGCCACCAGGGUUUGGUUUUUGUUUAGUUUUUGUUUUUUUCUUUUUUUUUUUUUUUUUCCUUUUCCUUGAUGAUUUGAAUUUUCAAUCUUGAUUAUUUGAUAAGGAUAUAGUAUGAAAGCCAGGUGCUAGCAACAGACAAAUUCUGAGCCCAAUAUGCUUUAUAUACUGUUAGACAGGGAUUGGUGUGUUUACACCUAUCUUUAAUUUGUUACAAGUGAUUUUCCUGUUUCUUCUGUCUGAUAUGAUAUUUUCAUGCCUUGAAAUAGGAAAAUGUUUGAACAGCAUAUUCUCUUUGCACAGACAUCUGUAGCACUACUUUUUUGAGGCCAGUAAUAACAUCCAGAGACCAUUCUUCCAUCCUUUACUCCCUCCCUUUUCAGACUUGUUUGUAAAAUAGAGACUUUGAAUUUAGCCUUUAUGAUUGUAUAUGAUCCACAGAAGACCUGAUUUAUGAAAUUUUGUACUAAAAAAAAUCAGAUUUGGAAAUGAUUGUAUUGUAAACUAAGGCUAAGUUUUUUUACUGUUUCAUGUGUUAUAAAAGGCCAGCUUGUAAAAGAAGUUGCAACAGACUUUCUCUGCUGAUGAUUUGCACUGUUAGGGUUUUGUUGGCCCUUUUGUACUACUUUAUUUUUAAACUGAGAACAUUGCUCUUUAAAUCUAAAUCUGCUUAAAGCUUUGGACAUUUUCUCAGACCAGAGGCAACUUAUCCAUGAAUUCCUGGGUUUUUACAAAAGCUAUCUUCCAGGACAGAUAAGCUGAGCAGUGAAUGAUCUGUAGGCAUUUAUGGACUGAAUGUAAUGGUUGAUAUAUGUACAUUCUGAUAUUUUUAAAUCUUUAACUUUUUUAAGUUACAAACUUACAGCUGCUUGAAUGCAGCUUCUUAACUCCUUUUUGAGACACUUCCUGUCCUAUCUCCACUGUGCCUGCCUAAAUUUGUUCUCACCAAGCACUGCCUGUGCAUGCAGAGAAAAUCUGUGCAUCCUCUUUUCUAUUUUUUAAAUACUGUUUAACAUUUGUGAGAAUUUUAUGAAAACGCUUUUGUAUAAGCUGUGGCUUUUUUUCCCAUUGUGAAGCAUUGAAUAGCACAUUUUGGAACAUGUUCAUAGGGUGGGUCCCGGGGUCUUUGCUCACCAGACCCCGGCACUGCUUCUUGGUGUCACUGCACAGUGCCGUCCGUCACCCGGAAUACUGCUAUCAUGUGAAUUCUUUCUGGUUUCCGUGUAGUCCUUCCUCUCCGCGCUUUUUUUUAAAAAUCAUUCCCUUUUUUUUUCCUUAAAUAAUUCUCCAUUUAUGAAGCAGUGUAAAUGAGAUAUAUUUUCAAAACAGGUCCCUAAGACAAUUCUUCAGAUCAUUUAGAGAGUGACUAAGUCAUUUUAAUAGGUCAAUAAAAGUUCAGUUGUACCCUGUAUUUUCCCAUAGUGUCGGUAGUAGAUUAGAGAUUAAAGCCAGGCAAAGGUAACUUGUGUGUAUUCUGUUCUCAUUCAUUCUCUCAAAAAUCAAAUGAAUUCAGAGGGAACUUGGUCUAACUGCUUUUGUUUCAACUGCAGGCAGGGGAGCAAAAGGACAACAUGUGAGCAGUAAGGAAAAACUGUUGAAAUGUUAUUAACAAUUUUUAUACAGAAGAUGAGUCAUUGUGAAUAAUGACUUAAAAUUUUAUGAAAAAUAUUCAGCACUUAAAUGUGCUUAU